AUGGAGGCUGCUUGCCCCGGUUGCAAGUUUGUCUUCAAUGCAGAGUCGCUGACGUGCCCUGGUUGUGGACGACGACGUGACCUGGAGCUCUCUUCCGCCCAGCAAGUGGGUGAGACGAGUGAGAUGAGUGAUGUGAAGGCACCAGCCGCAACCAACGAUGCAGCUCCCCGUGCCACCGGUGCUGACAGUGUGGCAUUUGGCAGGCACGCUGAGAUGACUUAUGCCGAGCUCUGGGAUAAAGAGCCGAAGUACUGCCAGUGGGUGAUGAAGACUGCGCAGCUGCAAGAACCAGGGGAGCAGCCAAGUCCCAUGGAACGACUGGCAAGUUGGCUAAGCGAAAAAGAGAUCCAGGCCGAAAGCAACGGCCCAGCCUACGAGUACAACGAGGAUAUGCAGCUGGUCGAGGUGCCUGGCAGCCGUUCACUCAAAGAGCGUGCCGGCACCACGGUAAAGUUCUACGGAGUGGCGGCGCCGGAGAAGAGGAUUUGCACAAGCUGGGAGGAGUGCAAGCAAUACGUGCACGGCAUCAAAGGGGUGCUCUAUCGCAGCUUUGCCACCCGUGAAGAGGCGGAGGAGUACGUGAACAACCCACCAGCUCGGACGGUGAAGCAAUCCAGGCGCUCUGAGAAGGCCGUCAAGACCUCGGAGAACUCUGAAGAAAAGGGCGAGACGGCGAUUUCCAAGGGGAAGAAGUCCAAAAAGGCUAAGCAAGAGGAGAGGCCAACAGAGAAUGGUUCAGACGCUCCCAUGGACACAGACGUGAAGGAGAAAGCCGAGGUGGACGAGACGGGCGAGGUCAAAGCUCCGAAUGGAAAGGCCAAAAGGGCCAAAAAGGCCAAAACGCAGCCCGCUGGCGACGAAGGCGCGCCAGUCCGCAAGCGCCGCCGCAAGGAGGAGGGCGAAGACGGCGUGAAGGAGCCCUCUCCGAAGAAGUCCAAGAAGUCCAUGCUAGCCAAAGCAAAGGCCAAGGCGAAGGCCAAGGCGAAGGCCAAGGCGAAGGCCAAGGCCAAGGCGAAAGCACUUGCCAAGGGCAAGGCCCGCAAGGCAGAGGCAGCGGCAGAAGCGAAAGCAAAGCCGGCAAAGCCCACCAAGCAGGAGCAAAAGUCGCCGAAAGCCGACAAGCCCUCCUCGCAGCCGCCGAAAGCCGAAGGGAGUCCAGAGGUGUUGAAAUUGGCUGAAGAGAUGGGUUUGCUGACAGCCCUGGUCAAUCUUCGACAGCGACCCGAGAUUGCGGCGUUGAAUGUCGAUGCAGAGAUCUUGCUGAACGUUCUGCGUGAGUGUGAUGGGCUGGUGAACAAAGCAAAGUGCCGCGUGCUGGAAAGCAGCCCCGGUCCCUCGACGCCGCCCAAGAGCCAGCGGAGUGACAACACUCCCGAGCCUGUGACUCCGGAGAAGAGUGAGGCUCCUGUGCCAACUUCUGAGAUGACUGCAGUGAAGGGAGAGGCAGAGCAGAGGCCCUACGAGCCUGCCAGGGAGGUGGAGGACGCAGUCAAGGCCGUGGUCACAGAGAAGGCCGAAGAGAUCCCGCACGGGCAGGAAGCACACGGGGCGACUCAAUCCCUGCCAUCCUGUAGUAACUGUGACAAGAUCUUUGAUGCCCAGGAUACGAGCUUCUGCCGGGGCUGUGGCUUUGCCCGGGACCUUCUGGAUUCCCCUCCGAUGGAGGUGCAGGUGCAGAAGACUGAGAAGGCCCUCUCGCCGGACGAAGCCAUGAGGGAGCGCAUCAAGGCCAGCCGAGAGCGUGCCUUGGCCCGGAAGAGGCAGCUGCAGCAGCAGGUGCUCCACAGCGGCGACCUGAGCUGUUCCUGA